AUGAUUGCACGAACUGAGGACUAUCGACCAUGGCUGGUCCAGAAAUACGGCGGCACCAGUGUCGGCAAGCUGCUGAGCACCAUCACCCAGUCCAUCAUCCCCGAAUACCUGACAGAGUAUCAUGUCGCCGUCGUGUGCUCGGCACGGUCGAGUGCAAGCAAAUCAGCCGGCACCACAAAUCUCCUCCUGAGGGCGUUGUCCUGUGCCGUGUCGGAGCAGACCAAGGGAGCUGAUUUCGACGAGGUCAUCGACAUGAUCCAGACUGAACAUCUUUCGGUGGCGGCAUCUCUCCCCCACGAUGCCUCCCUCAAAUCCGCCCCUAAGGUCAUCCAGCACUUACGGCAGAGCAUUAUCGACGAAUGCGAAGCCUUGAGGAGAUUCCUCAGGGCCACUCGGGUCAUCGGCGAGGCGUCUGACAGAACCCAAGAUCGGGUGCUUGGUGUUGGAGAGAAGCUGUCCUGCCUGGUCGUUGCUGCCGCGUUGUCGCUCGGCGGCGUCGAAGCAGAGAUGGUGAAUCUGGAAAACAUCGUCCAGACAGCGGACAAGCGCUCGACUCGGGAACAGCAAGCCGCCUACAAGCAAAACCCCAUCCUCUUCCUCCAGGGGCUUCGCGACGCGGUCAGAGGCGCAAUCCUCCAGUGCUCCGCCAUGGGCAAAGUACCAGUCGUCACGGGGUUCUUCGGUGCCAUGCCACACUCGCUCCUGCAUACCGUUGGUCGGGGGUAUUCAGACCUGUGCGCCGCGCUGUGUGCCGUCUCAUUAGGAGCUGAGGAGCUUCAGAUCUGGAAGGAGGUUGCUGGUAUCUUCACCGCCGACCCGACGAAAGUGUCGACCGCAAGAGUCCUGCCAAUGAUCACGCUGGAGGAAGCGGUCGAGUUGACAUACUACGGCAGCGAGGUCAUCCACCCGCUGACCAUGUCUCUCCUCAACAAGGAAGACAUCAACCUACGCCUGAAGAACGUGAAAGACCCCGCCGGCGCCGGCACCGUCGUCUACUCGACGUCGCCUAGCGCGAGUGGACUGCAGACACCCAUUUCCACGGAGAUGGAACUCAGCCGGUCCAUGUUCAUGACUUCGAACGGGUACUACGGCAAAGACCAGGGGAAGCGAGUUCCCACCGCCAUCACCACCAAGGAUGCCAUCACGCUCGUCAACAUCACGUCGAACGGCAAGUUGCCUCCGCAGGCAUUCCUGGGCCAAGUGAUCGGCAUCCUGGGCCAGCACCAGCUGUCCGUCGACCUGGCCAGCAGCAGCCGACAGUCGCUCAGCCUGGCCGUGUCAGCGAACGGCAUGGUGAACGUCGCCGACGCCAUCGAAGAGGCCCUCCCGGACCUUGAGGAGUUUGGCGCCACGUGCAUCGUGCCCAAGAUGUCCAUCAUCUCGGUGGUCGGCCACAAGAUGAAGAACAUGGUCGGCAUCGCCGCCGAGAUCUUCUCCGCUCUGGCCAGCGCCCGCAUCAACAUCCGUCUGAUCUCGCAGGGUGCAAGUGAGAUCAACAUCUCGUUCGUCGUGCGGGCGCAGGACGCCCUGCUGGCCAUGGAGGUCAUCCACUCGAAAGUCAUGCAGAUUGAGGGCCACAUGGAGCGCGAGGUCCGACUCAUAACAGGUCCAUGGCUCUACUGA